GCAACCGACGACUGCUGUUGCGAAACAAUUUCAAAAUUCAAGAAAGAAACAUAUUCAUAAAAGUGAAACUCUUCAGCCAAUACAGGCAACAGCAAAUCUUGUUUGUGUUGUAUAUUGGUCAAUGGGGCACCGAUAUUCGUAGCAGGUCGCACGACGUUCUUCGAGAAUGUACCGAGUGAAAUGGCUGAGAUUUGCGUUGUCGAAUUUUCACAACUGUUUCUCAGCAUUUACUCUACUUCAAUUUGUAUAACUAAUAGAAAUGGUUUUUCGUUGUGUAAUGUAAUAUUUAAAAAAAUAUAAAAUAUAUAUAAAAUUUUGCGCAAAAAAAUACACUAUACACACAUAAAAAUAUACAUAAAAAUUAAACUGUAAACAGAAUGUUAAAUGUAAGAAUAUUUCUGUAUUGUCUUUAUUUGAUAUUCGCGUAUGACAUAAUAAGUGAAAAUUACAAGUAGAAAUAGUCAUAACUAUGUUUUCUUUACGUAAAUUUUGAUUUUUUAAGUCUUUGUUGUUUCUUUUUUCGAAAUGAUUUAAAAACUGUCAUUUCUCGAGUGCAUAAUAUAUAACGUACAUAAUAUGUAACGAGUAUUUGUGUAGUUCGAAGCACACUGGAUAGUAAAUCUUCCUUGAAGAGGAUGGGAGUGGCAUUCACCGCUCUUCUGCCACCACGUAUCUGCGGUAUAAAAGCAACCUGCGUUGCAGCGCGCUUAGUUUCAUUUCGGAGUGCCGAUUGUGGAACGCAUUUUCAACGUGAGUACAUAAUCUCAACAAUAUAAAAUGGAAUUUCACACUAUAGUCCUGGCCACGUUACUUCUGGCCGGCGUGAUUGCGGCGUAUCCACAGAAAGAUGGACAGAUCUUCAGUAAUGAGGCGAUACGGCAAGCUCAGAAUACUUACCUUAUCCCGAAGGACGCAACUAUACAAAAGGUCCAAGAGGGGAUCGAAUUGGCCGCUUACGAAUCAAUCCCUGGAGACCAGAGAAUCAAUCUCUUCGAAAUCCUGGGCGAUCACGUGCCACCCGAAGUGGUGAACAAUCUUCAGACCCAGAUUGAUCAAAUAGGUCGAAAUUAAAUAAUCUUUUCUCACACAAUCGUCAUCUUGUCAUCGUCGUGUAAAAAAUAAUCAUAUUUGUAAAAAAGUAUUUAUAAACAACUGUUCCCUUAUCUUGCUUUUAUAUUUCACAACAAUUUUUUUUACAAUGUAGAGUUUUCACUUUUCGUAAAUAAAUGUAUGAAAAAAUAGCUCAUAUGUGUAUCUCGUCUUUUACCUGCGAUCACAUUGUACAUGUUCGCGCACACAAAUAGAGAAUAAUUUAUCGAUGACAUCGAUGUUGCGUAUGCAAAGAAAUAUAAAUAUAUAUCUCAAUGUACUUUAUAACAAAAAGUUUGUGCUUGUCUCUCAUAAUUAAUCCAUUUGUAAUGUGGUAAGUUUAGCAUUAAAAUCGACAUUCCUUAAAACGCGCAAUUUACAGAACAUGAAAUAAUCACGUAUUCUUGUGAGGAUCUUUUAGUUUGAAUUAUGUAUGCUGUUAACGAUAUAUCAUAGAGAAAGUUGCAGAACUACUCAUCGAAGAAGCGUACUUUCACUUCUAUUCACCGUGUUACUGAACGCAGCUUUUCUGUUCUGCUAUUUAUGUUACAUGACACAGCUAAAUUGAAAAUUUCAGCAUAAUCAAGACACGAGGUUAUGAGAUCACGUUUUCCGUUUUCUAUUCUGCUAAUUUUAUUGUCUCAUUAUUAUAAUACAUAUCCAUAUUAAGAACGUAAGGUCUCGAUUCAGAUUUUUUGUGAAACUUUCACUUUCUUUCGUAUAUGUAUGCAUAUACGAAACGCUGUAUGGCCAUGCACUGUAAAUAGAAUAAAUCUUUCGGAAAAAUCAUUAUAUAACAAUAUAGUCGAUUUGAUAGUCUUAUGCUAUCUGUUAUAAAAGCUCAAUAAAAAAUAUUUAACAUAGACUGUUUCUUAUUUCUUUUUUUCCUAUAAUUUUUUUGCAUAUACAUUGUACUCAGAUAAUAUAUUUUUCUAGAAAUCUAUAAUAUUAUACUAUCGUAUAAUAAUUUUUUUCACGAGUAAGUGGGGCAUUUAAUGAAAAAAACAAUUUUCAUGUAUCAACAUUACAUACAUUUUGGAAUAUAAAAACCACAAAUGACAUUUGUACAUUAAUGUUAAAUAACUUAAAAACGGUAUUAGUAUGUUAAGGUACGAAUCUGAGAACUAUGUAAAAUGAAUUUUGGACAAUUUCUGAUUCACUUCAGUUUUCUUCACCUUUUGAAUCAAUGAUCCUUUCGUUUUUCAACGUACAGCGUAACACAUAUUGCGUGGGCUCGAUGAGGGGAAUUGUGAGCGUAUUUCCACCUCUCUGAGUAACCAAAGCAUGCAAAAAGUUAUAUAAAACGUAUUGUUUUCUUUCAAAUAACAUUAAGUAUUAUAAUUGUAAUAUUAAAUCUAAUGAUAAAAAACACUAAAUUUUUUUAGUAAGGACAGUAAGAAAAACUAUCAGAGCUCAUAUAACAUGAUAAGUCUCGCAUUUAUCGUUAGUACAUUGUCUUGCAUUUAUCUUGUUAUUUUCUUUAUCAUUCAUAAUAAUUAAGUUUUAUCACGCUUAUAUUAAAUACUUAUAUUAUAUGCUUUUCUAUAUUAUGUAUUGUUUAUCAGUAUAAAUUUGA